UCUAGAUAGUUGCAGCGUUCUCGAUAUAUAGGUUGCCAAGUGUCCAGUAUACCCAUAUCAGCUGUGCUGGUGCAAUGGCUGGAUUCGACUGUUUACUCACAAUGUUUUGCGUCCACUCGUCUGUGUCUCUUACUUUGUCCCUCAUUCUUCCAGCAUUGAGUUUGUGGGGCAUAACAGAGAGUUCCCUGCAUGGAAAAGGACACAAACUGUGGCUUCAACCGCUCAACCAGACUCGGCUGCAGAUUGGGACCUUCCCAAAUGGGUUCCUGUGGGGUGUAGGAACCUCAGCUUUCCCUACCGAAGGGUCCUGGGAUGCAGAUGGGAAGGGAGAGUCCGUGUGGGACCACUUUACCCAUCGUUCCCAAACAGACGGCACUCGGAUGGAUACGGCGGACACAGCCAGUGACAGUUACGUUCAGUGGGAAGAGGAUUUAAAAUCAGUUCAGUACCUGGGAGUGAAAUUCUACGCUUUUUCUCUCUCGUGGCCACGGCUUUUUCCGGAUGGCAAUGCGACGGCGAAACCCAACGAGGCUGGAGUCCAACAUUACCGUCGCUUGAUCGGCAAAUUAAAAGAGCUUCACAUGGAGCCUGUGGUGACUUUGUUUCAUUGGGAUUUACCGCAAGUCUUGCAGGAGCGCUUCGGAGGCUGGCUGAACCAAAACAUGGUGGGCAUUUUCGCCGACUACGCCACAUUUUGUUUUAAAACGUUUGGUGGAGAAGUUCGUUAUUGGCUCACGAUGCAUAACCCCUUUCUGCUCGCCGUCCAAGGGUACGGCAAGGGGGUUCAUGCUCCGGGGGUGACCGGAAACCGCGCUGGCCAUUUCAUCGCUGCACACAACCUCAUCAGGGCGCACGCAAAAGUGUGGCACAUUUACGACAAACACUUCAGACACCAUCAGCACGGCAACAUUUCCAUCACGUUGGGCUCUCAUUGGGUGGAGCCUUUUCAGGGUCAGGCCACACCAGCCAAUGUGGAGCUCUGCCAGAACUCCAUGGAAAAUGUGAUUGGCUGGUUUGCCGAGCCCAUACACGGAAGUGGCGAUUAUCCGGCGUCCCUGAAGGUGUCGAACCGUAGUGUGAUCCCGGAGUUCACCCCAGAGGAGAAGGUUUGGGUGAGGGGCACCGCAGACUUCUUCUCUUUGGCGUUUGGGUCGGAGACUCAGAGUGUGGGUCAUAACCUGGCACAGUUUGGGCAGAGGGUGGGGCUGGAAUUGAGGAGUGUUCUGGUCUGGAUUCAGCAGGCGUACGGGGAUCCGCAGGUGCUAGUGGCAGAGAGCGGCUGGUUCUCAGACGUGUCAGAAGGAGUCGAGGACACUGUGGCAAUUUAUAUGAUGAAGAGAUACAUCAUACAGGUGCUGCAAGCUGUUUCCAUAGACGGCGUGAAUGUGUUUGGAUUCACUGCCUGGAGUCUGGUGGACGGAUUCGAAUGGAUUAAAGGUUACAGCGUGCGAACGGGACUGUUCUACAUCGACUUCAGCCGACCCGAGCGCCACAGACUCCCAAAGACCUCCGCACACUUCUACAGACAGGUCGUUAAGGACAACGGCUUCCCUGCCGACAAUGACUCGAAAAGCAUUGAGGGUCGAUUCCCGUGUGACUUUCAUUUUGGCGUGGCUGACUCAAUAUUACAGGUACAUCUGCAUCCGUUCUCACCGCAGUUCACCGAUCCUCACCUGUACCGCUGGAACUACUCCGGUGAUGGAGCUCUCAAACCCAUCGCCGGGAUCAUGCUUCACACUCGAGGGGCGCAAUGCACUGACUUCCUGUACAUUCAACGGCACCUCUUCCUCCUAGGGGUCACCGGGUCAUCGCACUACCGGUUUGCCCUGGACUGGACCCAACUCAUGCCCAACGGUGACCUGGCAUCAAUAAAUUCUGAAAAUGUGAGGUUCUACUGGUGUGUGCUGAGCGAGGUGCGGAGGAGAGGUAUCCAACCCGUGGUGACGCUGUACAGUCCUAGAAGAAGCUCACCGUCGCUGGGCAUUCCUGAACACUUGCAUGCUAACGGUGGAUGGAGAAAUGACAGCACUGUUGAGGCGUUUGUCAAGUAUGCAACUUUUUGUUACCGCGAAUUUGGUGCCUUGGUACCGGUUUGGAUCACGAUUAACGAACCGAAUCGGUUAACAGAAUUGUACAGUGGAACCGCGGAAGACAGGCGAACUGUAGCACGGCACCUGUUGACGGCGCACGCAAAGGCAUGGCGUGUUUACGACAAGCAAUUCCGGCAGCAACAGGGGGCGACUGUGAGCUUUGCGCUGCACGCUGAUUGGGUGGAACCAGCCAAUCCGUUCUUGGAAUCUCACAAGGUGGCCGCACAGCACUAUUUGUCUUAUGAACUUGGCCGUUUCUUGGAUCCUUUGCUUAGCGGUGGCGAUUCGAGACUACACGAGGGCCGUGGCAGUAGUCGCAUCUCUCUGAUUGGCUUCUCGGAUGACGAGAGGGCGGAGCUUAAAGGGGCAAUGGAUUUCAUCGCUUUGAAUCACUUCACAACUCGUUUGGU